AUGGGGAAUAAAGAGCUGAGCCAGAAGGUGAGGCGGUUUGCAGAAGUUUUUUGUUUGGAACAUCCAAGACAAUCUGCAUUGGCAUACCAAGAGCUGCAUGCUCACAGCCACCAGCAGAUGACUAAUGCUAUCAAAAGCUCCAGCUACUUUUUGACAUUGCCUCCUCUUCCAGUGGAAUGUGCUGACCUGGAUGGUGAUGUCAAUUUGCUGCCAAUUAUCUUUGAGGAUAGAUACCUUAGCUCUAUCACCGAAGAUCGGGAUGGACCAUGGCUGGGCAUGAACAAUACAAGGGCUGGAACAGUGACCAGCAGGACAGACAAGCCCCAAUCCAAAGAUUGUGUUGCAUCAGCCAGUCUUACACCAGAGAAUCAGUGUCCACCACUAGAUGUCCCCUGUUCAGACAUCUAUGAUCCACCACUUAAGGCCAAAGGCAAGUCUGUCAAAAUGAAGAAAAACUCGAAGACUGAGAAUUCCAAGAAGCUUAUAAGACAAGGAUCCAAGGACUCUGUAGUUCUAGUAGGCUAUAAAAACCUCAAAGCACCUGAGAGCGAAGCGAGCACAAAGUACAAGGAAGAAGAGUUGCCACUAAAUCAAGAUGAAGGUGAUUCUUUGCUGGGAGAUAUAAGUAGCUAUUUAAGGACUCAUACCCAUUCUGUUUAUGAUUCUGGUAUCACACCAGCAGAUUUUGGAAAUAUCUCUGUUCAGCCUUUUGCAGAUGAUGAUAUAACUACUUCUCAACAAGAUUUCUUUAAAAAAUUUACAAGUUUGGAUGUACAGGAUAAUCCUCAGGCAGGCACUGAGGUUGUAGGGGCAAGCAGCCAAUCAUUUCAAGAUGCACCUGUUGGCCAUUGUGGCGAAAGUCCACUGUGGCCUGCUGCGCUUAGGCAAACUGAGGUGAAGCAAAGUACUAAGGAGCUGCACCAAGGCAACAAAGUUACAGUUUAUCCACCAUACCAGACAGAUGACUCUUUGAGUAGCAAUGUUCCUGAGAUUACCCAGACAGAUCGUUAUACUGAAGAGUUAUUGGUGGAGAGGCCUGGUAAAGACGCAGUAGAAAGUAGCCACUCUUGUCUGGUCUCACUGCAGGUAAAAAGUGACUGUAUCAGGCAGCCCGAUGGAGGAGGCCCCAGUGCCUCUUCCCGCCUCUCGGACUCAGGUAUUGAAAGUGAGCCCAGCUCGUUUGCUACUCAUCUUGUUCCAGGACCACAAAGUUCUGCCGGGCUAGGUAUUACCGAAUCUGUUUUUGCCUCAAUGCAACCAGAGAGACCCCUCCUGAGCGCUGCUCCACAGCUUGUUCAACAAAGCUCAGUGCAAAAACCCAGUGGGGUGGCAGAAAUACUUUACCCAGAGAAUACCAGCACUGUUAGUGGAGUCCAGUCCUCUCUCACUUCCAUCAACUCUCUGCCCUCAGAUGGUGAGGAUGACAGUUCUUCUAAGGGCUCCACUGGUGUAGAUACCAGAGGCAGGAAGUCCAGUAUCUUGGUGCAAGAUCAGAGUUUAGUCUUCUCUGGAGAUUAUGCAGACAGACCUGUUAUUGACCCCACAUUACACAGUGCUGUGCCACCCCAACCACACCUGAUUGUGUCUUGCAAACCAGACAUUGUUGCAAGUGAUUGCCAGCUUGAGAAACUUGCUGCUGCUUUGCAUGUGGAGCCACAGUUGUUGGACAUUUCUGAACCUGGACUAGAGGGAGCUGCUGGCCCUGUGGCUGUUAAAGAAUCACACAGUGAACCACACACUGCCUGCCCCUCCAGUAACUCUGCCACAAGUAGCACUGACCUGGUCAAACGUGGGAUGGUGGAAAACUAUUUUGGUUCACGUUCCAGCACAGAUGUGUCUGAGAUCAGUCCUGUAGAAACAUCUGCUGUCACACUGGGAAUCCACACAGGACCACAGGCCGAGGAGGAUGAGACUGAGCUUGAGAUGAUCGAGAAUGGUUAUUAUGAGGAAGGUGAUGGUUAUGCUUUCAUGAAUGGUGUUGCUGAGGAGGACAGUGCGAUUGGGGAUCCCAUUAUUCAAGAGCCAAGGCCUUUAUUUGAACAGCUUGACUUUGGCUAUCUCCAAGAACCACAGGACUCAAGAGUGCCAAUCUGUUCAAACCUAGCUUCUUAUUGUGCUGGCUAUAGCUUGAGAAGACCUGCCUGUCCUUCUACCUCUCUGUCAUCCAGCCUGCAGUGGUAUGAAUGUGCACCUGCAGUACAGAUGAAAGCGUUUGUCAAAGCCAAGGAAGAACUGAAACAGCUCAGACUUCCUGGAUUCUUGUACAGUGAGGUGCCUGAGUUGGCAUCCACUGUGCCCUACUUCAGUCUGGAGGAAGAUGAAAGCUGUGAAGAGGGCAUUCAUCUCAUAGUCUGUGUUCACGGACUAGAUGGGAACAGUGCAGACCUGAGACUGGUGAAGACUUACUUGGAGCUGGGGCUGCCAGGAGCUCGCAUAGAAUUUCUCAUGUCUGAAAGAAACCAGAAUGACACUUUUGCAGAUUUUGAAUCAAUGACAGACAGACUAUUGGAUGAAAUAGUCCAGUAUAUCCAGAUCUACAACCUCACCAUCUCAAGUUGCAGCUUUGUGGGUCAUUCUUUGGGGAACCUCAUAGUUCGUUCAGUGCUGACCAGGCCCAGGUUUAAAUGUUACCUAAGCAGGCUGCACACGUUCCUUUCCCUCUCUGGCCCUCACCUGGGCACACUGUACAACAGCUCUGCUCUGGUCAAUACAGGCCUUUGGUUCAUGCAGAAGUGGAAAAAAUCAGGGUCACUCCUCCAGCUGACAUGUCGUGAUCACUCUGAUCCUCGCCAGACUUUCCUCUACAAGCUCAGCAAGAAAUCUGGUCUGCAGUUUUUUAAGAACGUAGUGCUGGUUGGGUCACUGCAGGAUCGCUACGUCCCGUAUCAUUCUGCUCGAAUAGAGAUGUGCAAAACUGCAUUAAAGGACAAACAAACAGGUCCUGUGUAUGCUGAGAUGAUUGAGAACCUGCUGCUGUCAGUACUUCAGAACAAAGACUGUAAUCUCGUGCGAUACGAUGUCAUUCACGCCCUACCCAACACAGCCAACUCCCUUAUAGGCCGAGCCGCACACAUUGCUGUCCUUGAUUCUGAGAUCUUCCUGGAGAAGUUCUUCCUAGUUGCAGGCCUCAAGUUUUUUCAGUAGAAUUAAGGCAGAAUUGAAUGGGAGGUGUGUCGAGCUCAUGUCUCGCUGCAUACGAACCUUUAGUGUUCUCAGAAUUUCACUUGGUUUUUAAAUGCAUAUAUUUGCAAGGAGAUGUGAACAAAAUCGUUUUCAGUUUUCCAUUUGGACGUUGUGUAUAUUGGAAACCACGGUUAUCAAGUUAUGCCAUUUUUAUUUUUCUACUUUUUUUAACUUAGUAUUUGUCUGUAGGUGUGGACAUGUUUGGGAAAUCUGUCCUCACAUCAUAUACUAUAUUUCCAGUCUUAUUUAUGUAUUACCUUUGUUUCCACUUCCUCAUUGCUCAUCUAAUUUUAGAUGCUAAACUGGAAAUGUAGCUGCUAUAAAAUGAAAUGUCUGUUUCGGUGAGCCGGCCCAAGUAAGUCUGCACAUACUGUACUCACCACUACAAAGGUAUUUUCCACUCAUUCUAAGGGACACUGCAUUAAUUUGCACCACAACUACAUUUUACAAGGUUUUGUACUUAAAAUGGUCAUUUGUACUUUUUUAUCAACUAUUAUUUUUAUCAGCUCUUUCCCAUCAUUUGUAAUGGUAAAGGCUGCUUUGAAAAUGAUUGUUGCUCAGAAUUUGCAGCCCCGGCUUUGAUCUUAACCCUUUAUGCUGUUGUUUUCCAUUGCAGCAUUCUGCACAUUUAUCCAACCUGGUGUUGGAGAAACUAAAGCUUUGCCUACAACGUGACAAUUUAUUAUAUGAAUAAUCAUGAUUUAGAAAAAUUAAAAAAGCACAUGUUGCAAGUAUAAAAUCAUUUAUUUGAAAGUACUUGGAUGAUACAACUUGGUGGCUGUGUGUUUAAACUGAAAAGUGUUACUUUGAGUAAAACCUUUCUUGUUUAUAUAAGAUAUAUAUAUAUAUAUACAGACACACACAUUACCAUUAAAAUAUGCAUAUUAUGAACUGGU